CGCACUCCAUCCCGAUGUGAUGAAGUGAGAUGGAAGAAGCCAUGGAGGCCCGGAUGGUGGAUCCAUGGAGUUUGGCUUAGAUUUUCAGCGCUGCUUUUUAACAUUUCCGCCUCGGAUUAGUUUGCAGCAGCAGCAGCUGGUGGAGCUGGUGGUGGUGGUGGUGGUUGUGGUGGUGGGAAGGAGUGCAGAGUGGUUUGGGAUUUAAAAAAUGCCGUUCGCCAAACGGAUCGUGGAGCCGCAGCUGCUGUGCAGGCACGCCGUGCCCAACGAUGAGGGCUUGCUCUUCGAGGACCUGCGCUCCAUCAGCAACGUGGCGCUCGCGCGCAGCCUCCGCCAGCUCGCCGACCUGGCCCGACACGCGUGCUCCAUCUUCCAGGAGCUCGAGGACGACGUCGUCGCCACGAGCCAGCGCGUGCGCCUGCUGCAAGGCAAAUUAGGCCACAUGCAGCAGACCGCGGCCGCGCUCGAUCCCAAACUGGAAGCCGUGCCGGUGUCGAAUCUGGAUAUUGAGAGUAAAUUAACAUCCCACUAUCAGGCCCCAUGGCACCAGCAGCACAACAUGUUUCACCCCAACACACGGCUGCCAUGUCUGGAAGAGCUGCACCGCCAUGCCCAGUUCAGUCUACGGGCACUGCACAGAGAGCAGCGUCAGCGUUCAACCAGCAGAGAGCGCAGUCGGGUCACCAUAUCCAUCUCGGUGGCUCCGCCCAUGCCCACAUUCCCCUCCCCUCGUUCCCUCAGGAGGCAGGAUCAGAGAAGUCGACACUCACGUAUGCUGGACAAAGCUGAAUAUCAGACAAUGCAGAGGAAGGAAAGAAGCACCAGAGAGUCAGACAUGCAGACUCUCCCCAGGAAAGUUAUCCAGCAGGAGAGACCUUCGAGGGAGGUGGAGUUUCAGCCAGCACAGAGAAAGCAUGAGCGCUCUCGUCCCACCUCCCCUACAACGUGUUGUGUGUUCAUCCCCUGGAUGCGAAAGGUUGGAACCAAUACAAAUACAGACGGGGAGUUGGUGGCUCUGGGCCACAGACCUAAGUGUCCUGUUCCCAACGUUCCCACGACACUGGACAAGCAGACCAACUGGUCGAAAGCCCUGCCACUCCCCACACCAGAUGAAAGGAUGAAGAAUGAGUCUCAAGUCAUCUCAUCCUGCAUCAUCCCUAUCAAUGUUACUGGUGCAGGAUUUGACCGAGAAGCCAGUGCUCGCUGCUCGUUGGUUCAUUCCCAGUCUGUGUUGCAGCGCCGAAGGAAACUAAGGAGGCGGAAAACUAUCACAGGCAUUCCCAGACGAGUGCAACAAGACAUGGACUCGGAUGAAUCUCCUGUCGCCAGAGAACGAUCUGUGGUAGCCCAUGGCAACCCACACAUGUCCCUCUACCAGGAGGAGCUGUCACUUAGUGGCCGGACACUAAACACCAAGGACUCCGGCUGCCAGACCGAUGACUUUUUGAUUGCUGCUCCAUCCCGUAGGCGUAUCCGUGCACAGAGGGGCCAAGGAAUUCCAGCUUCCCUCUCCCACUCCACUGGUAAUAUCACUUCAUUACCAGAUCGCUCUGAUACAACCUAUACCACUGCUUUGGGCACUCGUCUGCGUUCAAGAAGUUUGCCCCGAGAAGGUAGUCGACUCCGCGACAAUGAUCAAGAUGACAGUGAUGAUGAUGAGGAGGAUGAUGAAGAGCUCUCUCCAUAUGAGGCUGAGGACUUUCUGCCAGGUCCGGGACGGAGGAUGCUAAAGGAUGAGGAGGAGAGCACCGAUGACCAAGCCAUGCCAGAGCUCCAGCUGGAAAGUUUAAAGAGGAUACAGCAUGGAGGUAGUCCUGAAAAUUCUUGGAUUGAGAGGGGUAGGUCCCGGCUUCCACGUAAUUCUGACAUGGGAAGCUGUGAAAUCUCCUCAAGUUCAGACACCUUUAGCAGCCCCAUCCACUCUGUUUCGACCACAGGUGUGCUUGGCAGCCAAAUUGACCACAAAGAGGACCAUCAAUCGUCAAGUGGAAACUGGAGCGGAAGCAGCUCAACAUGCCCUUCACAGACCUCAGAAACACUACCACCAGCUGCCUCACCUCCUUUGACUGGUUCCUCACACUGUGAUUCAGAACUGUCUCUCAACACGGGGUCUCAUAUCAUUGACGAUACUACUGGCUUCAUCAUUGACCCCUACCACAUGGACAGGUCACAAGGUCAGGGACACAGGUCUAGUUCAUUCACCUCUUCAGCUACAGAUCAGAUGGAUGAUGCAGGUGUUAGUACUGCUAGUGAUGGGGAGUGGAACUGCAACCAGGACCAGCAGGAUCAACCUUGUCCUCCAGACUUCAGCCCAAAGCGCUCACGGGAAGAUGAGAGUGGCAUAAGUUGUCCCAGUUAUUCUAGUGGAGAAACUUAUGAGUGUUUUAGUGGGCAACCGUCGGGUGAAAUAUUAGAGAGCUCUACACAUUACACUGUUGACACUGAAGGCUUCUACACCUCUGUGCACUUGGACUGUGGUCUUAAAGGUAGCAGAAGCUAUUGCAACUAUGCAGCCAUUGACCCCGACUGUGGCCCAAGUGGGAACAUUGCACCUGGCAUGGGUGAAUACCCUCAACCAGAUUACAAGGGAAUGAGUACACUUGGAAGAGGGUGUCUUUCUUUAAGAAAACCAAAGGCUAAGCCGCCCCCACCAAAACGUAGCUCUUCUUUAAAGGAAACAAGCAGCAGUAUGGAUGUUCAAGAGCAGAAUGAACCAAAGAUUACUAGUGAGCUGCCCCUGCCUUUGUCUUCCAGGGAGAUGAAGCUGCAGCUGGAGUUGGCUGGUUCUGACAGGCACCUUGACACUGAAGGUCUCUGUGACAAGCAGCUUGGUAACUGGGGUGUAGAGAAUAUCAGAGAAAUGCUAGACUGCUCCUCUCCAUUUAGUUCUUCUGACACACAUUCCUUUAAGGGUGAGGGUGCUGUGCAGUCAGACUAUGCAGACCUUUGGCUCCUUAAUGACUUGAAAUCCAGUGAUCCUUACAGGUCACUGUCCAACUCCAGCACUGCUACGGGUACAACAGUUAUUGAAUGUGUCAAGUCACCAGAGAAUCUGGAAACUCAGGCCUGUUGCCCCAGGUCCAGACCCACCUCACCAACACUUCCACCACAAGAAGGUGACUUCAGACUGGGCUCUCCUGAGAAACUUGCAGCAUUGGCAUCCCCAUCAAGUGGAUACUCCAGUCAGUCAGAGACACCUACAUCUUCCUUUCCAUCUGCAUUCUUCCCAGCUCCACUGUCCCCAACCAGUGGCAAGAGGAAACCCAAAGUGCCAGAAAGAAAAUCAUCACUCUCCUCUCUCCAACAACAGCAGCAGCUUGCCCUUCGAGAUGCAGGCUCUUCCUGCAGGAGAGAUACUGAUUCCCAGGCACCACCUAGUCACCUUGACCUAAGUGCUCUUCACACCAAGCCCUUUGCCCACAGGAACCAGAUACACCUCCUUCACCAGAACAAACAGAAAGCAGCUGCAGCAGCAGCUGCAUUAGCAGAGGCUCGUGCUGCUGCAAGUGCAGAGGCAUCCAGCUCAACCCACACAGCAGUCACUUCAACUGUUCUGAGGUCAAUUCAUUUACGAUCCAUUGAUAAACCAGCAGAGGGCAGCCAUGGUUCUGAGCACUCUAGUGCUGAUCAAUCAACUCGACCCAAGUGUCCCACAGUAACAGUUGAGACUGUGCCUGCUGACAACAGGCACAACAGGAAACCACCAGCCUACAAACCACCUGCUGUGCAGCACUGUGAAUCUCAGUGCACACCUCCAGAAGCCAUUGUUAUACAACAUGAGGGGAUUAAAAUAAGGCAGGAAAGGCAUGGCCCAGGAACGUACUGGGCCAUGACAGCGUUCAGAACACCUGUGCAACCAACCAGUGAACAAGAAGACUUCUUAACCCCAACAGCCCAGGCUUGUGAGACCCGUAAUGCUCAGCAAGAAGGAGAGUGCAGCAGGUAUACAGAGGAGGAAGAAGCGUUGUCAGCAGAAAGUGUUAAAUGUGAACACAGUCAAGCACCCAGGCCACAACCUCUGGCAGAACCAUCCUUGAAUUUGAGCAGCACACUGUCUCCACCUGCUUACAGUGAAAUACGCAGGAGUGACUUUGUACUGUGCAACAGCCCAGAUAAAGUGCCUGCCAGAAGUUUAGAAGCCUCAUCAAACACUUACACAAUCAGCGAUAUCAAAAGCAAAGAGGAGGCGUAUGAGACAUGUGUCACUACCAGAAGUGCCUCACAUGACGGACAGGAGGACGAGUCAACCCCAGACACAGAAGACUACUUCAGCAAAGACUCCACACCUAGUGACAAUUCAAAUUCUCCUCUGACUGAUGACUCUAAGUUUGAUGAUGAUAGUAUAUUCCCUUCGCCUAAUAAACUACGCACAACUGAAGAUCUGUUUGCCAUGAUACACAGAUCAAAGAGGAAAGUUCUUGGGCGGAAAGACUCAGGGGAGCUCAAUGGGAAGAGUCGUCUUGGUGUUGCUCCUGUCAGUGGUCCAGUCAAUCUUCCUGUAGUGUGUCCAAUCACAACAAGUGUCCCAGCUCCUGCAUCUGGUUCUCAGAGGGCACCAGGACCCAUAUACAGGAGUGCCAAAAAAUCCAGCACCUCCAAUGAGGAGUUUAAGUUACUGUUGCUGAAGAAGGGCAGUCGCACUGACUCCAGUUACCGCAUGUCUGCAACAGAAAUCCUCAAGAGCCCCAUCACUCCGAAGUCCCCAGGCGAACAAGAGGCUUCCAGGCAACCAGAGGAACCCCCUUCACCAAUGCAGGAGUCUCUAGCCAGCACAGAGCCACUCUCCAGUACUUUCCCCAAGGCAAAUAUUGAGGGUUUCUCUACAAAAACCCUUACUAUGUCUGCUGCCUCUAGGCAAGGUCGUUCUAGGAUCCCACCUGCAGCAAGCAGCAGCAGGUACAGUACACGCAGCCGGCUAUACACUGCCCCAAUGCAGGCAAUCUCUGAAGGAGAAACUGAAAACUCUGAUGGAAGUCCACAUGAUGACCGCUCCUCCUAGUGGUAUCUUUCGUCUCUUUUGGUAUUUUUGGUUUUCUUACCAAUGAAAAAACAACAAAUCCCUCAGACUAAAAAAAAGAAUAAAUUACAGAAAAAAAAUGUGAUAUAUGGGCAUAUGCAUAUAUAUAUUUCCCUCGAUUCUAUUAUAUCUUAAAAUUAAGUGAAAAAAGGUCCCCUUGUUCACUUUGAACUUUUUGUAUUCCAUGAAUUGACAGUGAACUUAUGUUUUGAUCAGUCAUGAACUUUCAUUUCCAUCAAAAGCUAUUGGAUCUUGUGGCACCACAAGUACUACUUGUGGUAUUUUUUUUAUAUGGAUGCCAGAUGGAUAUUGAUUCCUAAAAAAAAAACUAAACCAAUAGCCAAUCCUUUCUUUUUUCACUCAUAAUAGCAAUGUUUGUAGACAUAGAAAAUAUAGAACUUUAUUUUCAGAUUCCUUCCUCUUCAUUCACAAAGUGAUUAGUAUUGUGUAGGUUGCAAAAUUAAAAGGAAAUAUUAGACACGACCCUGCUAAAGUCUCAGUCAGGAAGUAUCAAAGUACUCCAACCUUCCCCAAGAUUAGUUGGUGUUUCUAGUGAACUUACAUAUUACUAGCAUGUGUGGUUUGUAGCAUUGUUGACACUGGUUAUUGCAGUACUGAAUACUGACCUUCCCAUUGUUGUGACUCCUAAUUGGGACUUUAGUUAGGCUUACACAGGACAAUCACACUGUGGCCUUUCCUAACAGAAGGUCUGUAAAUUCAGGAGAAGAGAAUGAGUCUCCAGGAUUAUAGGCAUUUUUCUAUGGCUGAGAACUCUUGAUGCAAAUUUGAAUUGGUUUGCAAAACCUGCAAAUAUUUUGCACUUGUUUGGAAAGGCAAAGAUAAUUCCUUUAAACAUCCUGGAUACAAAGGAAUGGUGCAAUUUAUGUCUGAUAGAAAUGAGCCCAUAUGUUAGUUCUCACAUGGUGUCACCCAUGACAUUAAGAGUUUAUAUUUUCAGUUACAGGCUGCCAUGUUGCUUUUAACUAUAGUCCUCUUAACACCAGCUUUGAGCUUACACUACCAGAAAAGAUUAUGUUAUAUUUUACAUUUUAAUGCACUUAAUUAUGUUAAUUAUGUGUACAUUUUGUAGGUAUAGAACAUGUAGGGGCUAAUGUCUAGGAUGAAUACAACAGUGAAAUCGUAAACUGUAUUCUAUGAAUACCGUUAAAAUUGUGCAAGCUGUUCACUUUGAAUUCAGUUUGCAGUGAUUUUUUUUUUCCAUGCAGUAAGAGAUGUUAGAAAUUAGCGAGAUCUGUCAAGCUUACACUGUGCCGAAAAGUGGAAGAUGGACAAGCUGUGAAUCAGUCCAUUUCAGAUCAUUGUUUUCUGCUGAGUACUGUCAAGGUGCUCCCUUUCCCCUUUUUUGUUUGUCUUCUGUACAGCAUGCAAUAAGGGUCUUUAAUUCAUAGGGACAUACUUACCUGAAGGGGGAAAAAAAUCAUUUUCUAAUCAUUUGCAUUCAUUGAGUAUUUGUAUGUUGAAUAAGUGAUAAAGUUUAUGAGUUUGUUGAUGUUUCAUUUUUUUCAAAUUGUUGUAUGUAUAGACUCAGCUUUAUAUCCCUUAUGUGGAAGAACUGGACAAUCUGUUAAAGCACUGUUGGUAUAAAAGAAAAAGAAAAAUAUGAUACAAAUAUAGAGAGGUCUGUGGACCGAUUUAGACUAUAUGAGUGUAUUUGGGUGAUAUCUGUGCUGGUUCUGGGGAAAUAUUGUGGGGGAAAAAAAGGUGAUGAACUUUGAAUGAUCAACUGUUUCGCGUUUAUGUAGCUGCAUCUCUUAGCUGCUGAUCUGCAAUGCUGGGAGAAUGCGUUGCUCAUUAUUUGUAUAUAUGUGGUUGUGUGACUAACAGAUAUAUGAAAAUAAGUCAGCCUUUUUUUCUGGACUGUUCAGUUACCAUGUACUGUAUGUCCUGACAAUACUUUAUGUAUGUCCUGACAAUAAUUUGUAUUACUUUUUAUAUAUACUAUAACAUUUCUCCAGUAACAGCAUUCACUGAAAAAUGUUCCAUAUGCUUUCCAUUAUUUUUUAGUCUAAUAUCAUCUUUUUUUUUUAAUCAGAACACUGAAAACAUAUGGACUGUACCUUUUAAUCUGUGUGUGGUCAUAUGCAUACCUAUAGAAGUACGAAAUCUGUAAAAUCCUCUAUUAGAUUGCAACAUUUAAUAGGAAAAAAAAAUAUCAAAUAUUUUUCAUUAAGGGAUAUUUUAUCCAGAGAAUUAUUUUGUUAAUGAAUAUAGAAAAGAGUAAUGAUAAAGCUUUAUUUAACUAAAAAGGUUAUAAUUGAACAUAUUUCAUAUCAGGGGUGUAUUAGCCAAUGGUAAAAUACUGUACUUAUUUAAAAAGAAAUCUUUCUAAUUAGCUGUAAACUUGCAUAAUUUACAUAUGUGCUGUAUGAUAUGAAACUUAAUUCAGCUGUUUUUGGUGCUCUAAACUGAUUUUAUACCCAGGUCAUAUUCUGUUAUUGUUGCCGUUUUUUUCUUUUUUCUUUUUUUUUUUUUUUCAAUUUGCCAUCUGACAUUUCAUAGCAGCUUUUUUAAAAUCCCACCAACUGGCUUAUGUAAGAAGAUACCUUCAACACUAGUGACAUCAUAAAUCUUAAGAUAUUGUAGCAGUGUACAUGUAAUUGCCCAUGUUAUCUUCCUAUUUCAAGACUCAGAUUACGGUAGCUGUAUUUUAGGAUUUAAGAAUCCUAAAAAUUGUUCAGGCUUUGCAUUGACAUCUGUAUUGGAAAAGGGGAAUGAAAUGCAAAGCCUUUAGAAAUAUUUGUUUCUAAGUUUAGCUUCAUUGAACUGUCAGUACCUCAGCGUCCAAACACACGUCGAAGGUGUUCAUAGGAAAUAAUCACCAAUCAACCCACAUACUGCUGUUUCAUGUCCUCACUGAAUCUCACUGUAACUUGUGUUUUCUUUUAAUGAAAUGAUUACACAUAUCACCUGAUAUAUCACACUGCACAAAUGGGGAAGCACAUUAUGCUUUUGCCAAAGGGUUGUACAGGUAUGAAAGUGAAUAAAAGAAGUCAAGAAACCAGAAACUGGAUGAAUGACCAUGGGUUAAACUGCAAAAGUCUCUGUGCUAUACAGCAUUGUCACUCAACGUCUCUUCACUUCGAAUUGCAUCUGUUUUUGUAUUUUUGUACAAAUAUGUACAUAUGAUCUUUUUAAAGAAGCAAACAAAAAAUGUUACACAGUCGUUUCUUUUUUGUAAAAUGUUUUCAAAGUUUACAUUAAUUACACGCCUUUGUAUAUUUUUGAGCUGUGCAAACUUCUCUCUCUGUCCUUGUAUUUAUUUUUUAGUAAACAUUGUGACAAUUUUCAUUGUAAAUUUAAACCAUUCCUUGCCAGCCCUACUGGCUUGCUUAGUAACUGUGCAUAGAGAAGGCCAAUAAAUGUGACUGC